AUGUACUUUGACACUAUAAAGAAUGAAUAUUCUAUUGAAAAUAUUCUUGCUAUUGUUUUUAUACCAUUUGUUUUAAUGACUCUUUGUAUAGGAAUCUCUUUGAUUAUAUCUAAGUUCUUUUAUCUCAAGGGAAUAGAAGACAAUACUGUAAAUUUUAGUGGUCUUUCAUUAAAUGAUUCGGAACAACAAAAUUUUGAAAUUAAUAUAUUUUAA